AUGCGUCUUUAUUCUCCAAUAUUGGUCGCAUCGACCUUGCUCCCUCUUAUCUCUGCCGUCCCCGCUGGUUCGAGCAUCACCCCGCCGCCGCCCUUGCGACCUGUUCAGCUCACUCACUCCACCCCACGCCCAUGGACUCGACUCCGUGACUGGGUAAUUGGCUCAAUAUGGGAUACUGAUUACAAGCGCUGCUCUUCAAAACACUCUUCGCCACCGUCAAAUAUUUACGAUCGGUAUGGCAGUGAUGUCGUCCUUCGCUUCCAUUUGCGCGAGCCGGACGAUGCUCAAGCAUUGGCUGCCGCUUCGCAGGUGCUGUUUUUGGACAUUUGGGCCAUAACCUCGAAGUUCGUAGAUAUUAGACUUGCAGAUGAUAUGAUUCCUUCCUUGUUGGACCUGCUACCUUCAACUCUCCGCACCUCCUACACUCCCCUCAUGGACAACCUUGCCGACCAGAUAUACGCUUCUUACCCCUCUCGUCAACGGACCGAUUCAGACUUCGGACCAGGGAGUGUAUCGGGUGGACUAAAGGCGAUAUCGAACGGCGACCUAUUCUUCCAAGAAUACCAACCGCUCCCUGUCAUCACGCAAUGGAUGCGCUUAAUGGCAUCAAUGUUCUCCUCACACGUACGGAUGAUUAGCGUAGGAGUCACAUACGAGGGUCGCGAGAUUCCAGCAUUACGAAUCGGCACAACUCCCGACGCAGAACCCACAUCAGGCCCUCGCAAGACAAUCGUCAUCGUCGGCGGUACUCACGCCAGAGAAUGGAUCAGUACCUCGACGGUAACAUAUGUUGCAUACAGCCUCAUCACCCAUUACGGCUAUUCGCCCGCCGUAACACGGUUGCUGGAGGAGUAUGACUGGGUAUUAAUCCCAACCCUCAAUCCCGACGGAUACGUCUACUCAUGGGAAUCAGACCGUCUGUGGCGCAAGAACCGCCAGCCAACGGGACUUCCACUGUGUCCAGGCGUCGACCUAGACCGUGCGUGGGACUAUGAGUGGGAUGGCGAGUCAACUCGCUCGAACCCGUGCUCAGAGAAUUACGCCGGCGCAGAGCCAUUCGAAGCACUUGAAUCGCAGCGUCUGGCACAGUGGGCUCAAAAUGAGACGGCACAUGGCCGUGCUGAGAUCGUAGGCUUCGUCGACUUACAUUCCUACUCCCAGCAGAUCCUCUAUCCUUACUCAUACACCUGCUCAUCUGUACCCCCCACCCUCGAGAGUCUCGAGGAGCUAGCGUUGGGUCUAGCCAAGGCAAUCCGCCAGACCUCCCAUGAAUCGUACGACGUUACCUCUGCGUGCGAAGGGAUUCUCACUAAUGGCGCUGCUUCCGGGAUUACCGCGGGCGGCAGCGCGUUGGAUUGGUUCUACCACAAACUGCACGCCAAGUUCUCGUACCAGAUCAAACUCCGCGACCGCGGCAGUUACGGAUUCCUUUUGCCUUCAGAGCACAUUGUUCCAACGGGCAAGGAGAUUUUCCAUGCUCUGUUGACAUUCGGCAAGUUUGUCUGGGGCGAGGAGGCAUUAGAUCUCAGCUUCGAGGACGUGAUGGGUGAUCAGAUACCUCUAUCUGAUAGCCUGUAG